AUGUCUGAAACACCAAGAUUGUUAAUUGACCAUCCGCCAGACGAUGUUACGAAAUGGAACAUUGUGCCUAGCCAACGUGACAUUUUGCGGUCUGAUGAAGUCUACCUUCGGCCCAAUUUUAUAGGCAAAUCUUAUCCCGAACUGAAAACGUACGUGGACGUACAAAUGCGCCUACUAAUGGAAGAUUUUAUGCAACCCCUUCGAUAUGGAAUGGCAAAACUGCUCUCGGGAAAAUUUCGAGAUGUCCAGGAACUGCGAAUUUAUGAAAAUGUCACCAUUAAACGAAGCGGACUUAUCCAGGAUCGUCGAAGGGUGAUUCCGGAACGUGAAUCAUCAUGGCGUAUCUACUCUGUAAAUUUUAAGGAGUUAACGAGAGUCAACUGGAGCUCAAGUCGGAGACUUAUUCACGGAUCGCUCGUUUGUCUUUGGGAUCCAACAUCAAACGAUCUAAUCGUAGCCAGCGUCGUACACAGUAACCCACAGGAAUUAGCCAGGGGGCAAGUCAUGUUAGCGAUAGAAUCCUUAGAUGAGCCAGACCACUUUCAUAAGAAGACGUACAUCAUGUUAGAAUCAGUGAUAUUCUAUGAACCAUAUCGAGCUGUACUCCAAGUACUUCAGGACUUUACGCAGGAUUCUUUCCCAAUGCUGGACUACUUCCUUGGGACAGAAACGGAUCACACGCCUCCGUCUUAUGACUGGCAGUCGUAUACUUACGUCCUGCGUAAAAGUGAAAACUCGUCUUUCAUCGUUGAAAACCUGGCUGAUUUUUCUGAGUGGCCAACUGCCAACGAAAUGGGAUUGGACAAGAGGCAAUACGAAGCAUUGUACACGGCCCUUACCAGCCGAGUGGCUUUGAUUCAAGGGCCGCCUGGAACAGGGAAGACUUUCCUCGCCCUUCGAAUUAUCCAAUCUUUGCUGGAUAACAAAAGUUCAUGGCAAGGACAAAAUGAGGGAGCACUACUGGCAAAAUCGGAAAUUUCUGAAAGCGGAGCUAGUUGUCGAGUGAAUUGGCGCGUUAAAAACAAAAUUUUCUGGGAGAACUAUUUUGGAGAAUGGCGCGAUGAUCGAGCACCCAUAGUUGUUAUCUGCCUUACGAAUCAUGCAUUGGACCAAUUUUUAGAAGGAGUCCUUCGCUCGACCGACAAAAUAAUAAGAAUUGGAAGCCAAUCCAAAUCGCCAAUCUUAGAGAACUUCACUUUACAUAAAGUGAAAUCAAAAGUCUGGGAGGCUCAAAAUAACGGACCUUAUGCUGAAUCAAACUAUCCUUAUUAUUUUCUUAAAAUGAAGGAGCUUCGAGUCAAUAUGGAGAUGCAAAUUGGUUUCAUCCAACAAAAUAUUCGUAAAACUUUUUCUGAGAUCGUCAAACUUGCUGACCUGAAACGACGAGGUGUCAUCAGCGCUGAAAUUUGCGAUGUCUUUGAGAAAGCCGAAAGAUAUUGGGUAAAGCGCAAACGUAAAGAAAAUGUUCUCGAAUGGUGGUUGGGCUGGACAAACCACCGACAACUCCUCAAAGUAUUCCGAGAGACGCGAAUUGAAAAUCGCUGCCAAAUUGGUGAAGUGACUGCUGUCUUCACAGCGGAUGAAAGCGAUUCAGCCAUUGCUCACAAUCUAGAAGAGAAUUGUGAAGAUUCUGAAGUGACCGCUAUUGAUUCAAUUGAAGAAAUCGUUUUUGAUGAUGACGAAGACUUUAAAGAAGAGCUUCGUGUAGCCCAAGAAAAAACGAAAGUUAAAACUACGUCAGAUGAAGCCUCUGAGAAAAAAGACCCAACUUUACAUUUUGACAAGACGGCAGUAUCUUUAGAAGAGGAAACGCUCGUCGAUUUUGCUAAAAAUCAAUUGAACAUAAUGGAGUUUGUACGGGAUCUACUUUCCGCGAUCCCAAACGCAAGCCCAAACGAUGCCUGCCUAGAAGAGAGUUUUGAUGUCGGCCAAAUCUUGACUAUGCCCUUAAGACAACGUUGGAUGUUGUUUAGAAAAUGGAAACGUUCUUAUCAGGAAAUGAUUGAACAGGAUGUGCGCAAAUCAAAAGAAGAAUACGAGUCGCAAAUAAAAGAGUACAAUCAACUCAAAGGCCAAGCCCUAGCAGCCCUUUGUCGAACUGCGGACGUCAUCGGCAUGACAACCACUGGAGCAGCAAAGAACCGCUUGCUACUGGAAUCGCUUAAAGCGAAAGUUGUUAUGGUAGAAGAAGCAGCCGAAGUGCUUGAAACGCAUAUUGUGUGUUCACUGACAGCUGAUUGCCAGCAAUUGAUUAUGAUCGGGGAUCACCAACAGCUACGGCCGUCGGUAAACGUGUACGAUUUAGCAAAGAACUAUCAUCUGGAUGUGUCGUUAUUUGAACGACUCAUCUUGGGUGGCCUGAAAGCUGUUAGACUGGGCGUCCAGCACCGAAUGCGGCCCGAAAUAGUGCGACUAAUCGUUUCUGCCAUCUACGAAGAAUUGGAAAAUCACUCUACCGUCUACGAUCACCCUCAUGUUCCGGGAAUGCAGCACGAUGUCUAUUUUUAUCAUCACAACUAUCCGGAGAAGGAGGACGGAAGCAGUUUUUACAAUCGCCAUGAAGUCGAUAUGUCUCUCCGAUUGGCUAUUUAUCUCAUUCGUGAACAGAAAAAACGGUCCCGGAAUGCGGUCAUAGAAUUAUGUUUGAGUGUGGAAAACAAGUGUCAAAAUACGACUGCCCACAAGAAGUCGAGCUUGAACUUAUAA